AUGGCAAAUAAAAUACUAGAUCCAAUCUUUAGAUUAUACGAUCCUAUUCGUUAUUCAUUUUACAAGAAAAAAGAGGAUUAUAUUAUAAUCUCACCAACUGUUGGUUCUAAAUCCCAAUUGAAUGAUGGUGGUAGAAUUACCUUCGAAAUAAAUUCAUUAUCGAAUUGGUUGCUUCUUUCCGAUGCUUAUUUCAGAUGUGAUUUCAAAAUUAAAGAUGGAACUCAGAAUCAAGUACCACAAACUAAUACAACGUUAGAAAACAAUUUCUUUCCAUCUUUAUUUAGCGAGAUGGUUUUGGAAGCUGGUUCAAAUGCGAUAGAAACAAUCAAACACCCUGAGAAAUUCGACACAAUGUUGAAAACAGUUUUAUAUCCUAAAGAUUUCGAUUCAGUCUCAGGUUGGAUACCCGAUGUUGGCGAUGGAAGAGUGUUAAAAGAACCGUUUACUAUGAACAAUAUUAUCUUAUUUUUUUAA